CUCCCGGCCACGCCCGCGCGCCUGCCUCGGCCCCGCCCCCGGCCCGCUGGGGAGUAACGGCGGCGGCAUCACCUCCAUUUCCUCCAGGGGAGCGGUGUGUGGGGGGAGGGGGUGAUGCGGGGCAGGACUCUGGGAAAAGAAACAAAUCGACCAUUUCGCAAACAGGAGAAAAGAACAAAUUGUAUGCAAGAGUCCCACGUUCUCCAUAUUUUUCCAAUGAAGAGUGUUCUCAUAUUAACCAAAGACGCAUGAAUUUUCUGUGCGCAAGUUACAUUAGGUCGUAAUUUCCUGUCAUGAUUAAAGGGAGGAGGAUACGUACUGUGCUGCAUCAUGCCAUACACAGAUUGGAGAAAGCUGAUAAAGCUGAUAAUCUCCAGAAAGAGUCGUCAUUUUUCUAUCCUCCCCCAGAUGGGGGUUGGGGCUGGGUUGUGGUGCUGGCUGCAUGUACUCAUUCUUUGCUUGUCAGUGGAUUCCACAAUGCUUUUGGUGUGUACAUGAUUUCCUUACUUGAGACUUUCCAGUCAAGUAGGUCACGAACAGCCUGGAUUGGAUCAGUCAGUUAUGGUUUCAUUAUGAUUUUUGGUCCCAUUUCUGGAAAACUUUUGCAGAAAUAUGGAGCCAUCAAAGUAGCAAUAUUUGGAGCUCUAGUUGUCAUGUUGGGUGUUGUUUGUUCAUCUUAUGCUGGUGAUAUACGUGUUCUAUUUUUAACCCAUGGAAUCCUAGUAGGUGUAGGAUCAAGUUUUGCUUCUACUCCAGGCUUGAUAAUGGUGAGCCUUUACUUUACCACAAAGCGUUCAUUUGCAACUGGGAUUGUGAUGGCUGGAGGGGCAGCAGGAACUCUGGUACAGAAUCAGGUGCAUCGCUACCUAAUCAAUGCAUUUGGAUGGAGAACUAGUCUGCGUGUGUAUUGUGGAAUUCUAACAAUAUGUAUUUUUGCUGGGUUUGCAUACAGACCACUUGAAAAACGAAGACAUCCAAGUGUUGUUGAAAACUUUCAGACAUCACCAUUAAGAGGUUUUAUUGUAGAUCUGAGUUUAUGGAAGGAUAGUAUCUUUGAGUUAUGGGUUUGUGCUCUUGGAUUAGCAAAAUUUGGAUUCUUCAUACCCUUUGUGCAUAUGAUGAAACUUGCAGGUGACUUGGGUAUUUCUUUGGAUGAUGCAUCAUAUAUUAUGGUAGGAAUUGGAAUGAGCAGCCUGCUUAGUUGUCUUCUAUUUGGGAAGAUCUGUGAUUUAGAAAAUAUCAACCGCCUUUAUGUUAACCAGGCAUCUGUACUGUUUGUUGGGCUGUUGUACUUGACAAUUCCUCUAUGCACAACUUUCCCCUCCCUAGUUGCUUUUGGCUCGCUGUUGGGAUUUUUUGAUGCAGGAAACUAUGUUCUUUUACCUGUUCUAACUCUAGACUUGAUGGGAGCAGAGAAAAUGCCUGUGGCCUGGGGAUUUAUGAUGGCUGUCCACACAAUUAGUUGUUUUGGUCCACCAUUUGCAGAUACACAAAAACAGAGCUAUCUGGAGACCAUUAUGUUUAAUUUUAUGAAUAUUACCUGUAUAUAUGAGCCAGCUCUUGAAAGCCUGAAAACUCCAAAGACCAUGAUAUGGAGACGAGUGAGACGAGAGGGGUUCAUUGGAAUAUUCAGACAUCUUUGUAUCAAUAAGCUUUAUGUAUUUGUUUGUUCUUAACUGACUGGGGAUGUUCACUGUGGAAUCUGGAAUCACUAUCGGGUGAUUAAUGCAAAAUCCCAAAGCCAGUUAUAUAAAUGCCCUUCUUUAUGGCUUGGGCCCCCGGGGAUAGAGACAGUAUGUUUUACCUGUUUUCAGGAGGCUGAGAGACUAAGGGCAUGACUAUAUGUACAGCACUGCAGUGGCACAGCUGUACCGAUACAGCUGUGCCACUGCUGCAUGUCUGGUGAAGAUGCUCUAUGCCAACAGGAGAGAGCUUUCCAGUCAGCAUAAAAAACUCACCUCCACAAGUGGCAUAAGCAAUGUCAGCAGGAGAAGCUCUCCCACCAACAUAGCCCUGUGCAUACGAAUGCUUAUGUCAGUGUAACUUAUGUCACUUGGCGUGGAGAAUGUUCAUACCCCUGAGCGACAUACAU